CGCCACGAGACGCGCUGGUUGCGGGCUGGCGUUCCCCAAACAGUUGUGGCGGCCUAGUUGUGUUGGUUUAUGAAGUGCUAACAUUGAUUCAAAUAACCAAAAAUGGAAAAUUCUACAAAAUCAGAGGAAUAUGAAAAGCCGUCUUUUGAAGAGGUGAAAGUGUCAGAUUGUGAAACAAAGUCUUCACUCAGUGUUGACGACCCCUCAGCUGCUUCUGGGACUGGACUAUCUGAAAAGACUCCUGUCUGUGAGGAAGUGGAUAUAUCAAGAAAGAGGAAAAAGUUUGAGGAUGGUCUUGUAGAAGAAAGUUCCAGUUGUGGAGAAGAUACUCCAUCUAAGAGAAAUCUUGGUGUUGAAAUUGUAUCAGAGGAAAAAGGUUCAGGUGAUGCUGACAGCUAUUCAAAGAAAAGAAAAACGGAAACUGAUGGUGUUCCUUCUACUGGAGAUAGCGCUCUGAAAAAUAGAACACUAGAACUGAAUGAUGUUCCUGAAAAGCAGAAAUUUCAGAAACUGGAAGAAGGACACAGCUCUGCAGUGGCUGCCCAUUAUAAUGAGCUUCAAGAAGUUGGUUUGGAGAAGCGUAGUCAAAGUCGUAUUUUUUACCUAAGAAACUUCAAUAAUUGGAUUAAAAGUGUGCUUAUUGGGGAAUUUUUAGAAAAGAUACGACAGAAGAAAACCCAUGACAUCACUGUUUUGGACUUGGGAUGUGGAAAAGGUGGAGAUUUAUUGAAGUGGAGGAAAGGAAGAAUUAGCAAGCUAGUUUGUACUGAUAUUGCUGAUAUUUCUGUCAAGCAGUGUCAGCAGCGAUAUGAGGACAUGAAAAAUCGUCGUGAUAAUGAAUAUCUUUUUAAUGCAGAAUUUAUAACUGCUGACUCUUCAAAGGAACUUUUAAUUGAUAAAUUUCGUGACCCAGAAAUGUGCUUUGACAUCUGCAGUUGUCAGUUUGUCUGUCAUUACUCCUUUGAGUCCCCAGAGCAGGCUGACAUGAUGCUCAGAAAUGCUUGUGAGAGACUCAGCCCUGGAGGCUACUUCAUUGGUACCACUCCCAAUAGCUUUGAACUGAUAAGACGCCUUGAAGCUUCAGAAACAGGAUCAUUUGGAAAUGAAAUAUAUACUGUGAAAUUUCAGAAGAAAGGAGAUUAUCCUUUAUUUGGCUGCAAAUAUGACUUCAGCUUGGAAGGUGUUGUGGAUGUCCCUGAAUUCUUGGUCUAUUUUCCGUUGCUGACUCAAAUGCUCAAGAAGUACAAUAUGAAACUAGUCUACAAAAAAACAUUUAUGGAGUUCUUUGAAGAAAAGAUUAAGAACAAUGAAAAUAAAAUGCUGUUAAAACGAAUGCAGGCUCUGGAGCCGUACCCUGCAAAUGAGCACUCUAAACUCACCUCUGAGAGGGCUGGCGACUACGAGCAUGCAGCAGCCUACAUGGAGAGCAGACAAGUGAGGCUGCCACUGGGAACUCUAAGUAAAUCAGAAUGGGAAGCUACAAGUAUUUACUUGGUCUUUGCCUUUGAGAAGCAGCAGUAAGCUCGCAGGCACUGAGGCAGCUCUGUCCUUGCAAAUUUGAAUGUCCGUCUCAGACAGACUUGACAGUGCUCUCUGUGUGCAUUGAAAUCAUAAAUUCUAAAUGUGCAAGCUGCAGCUGGAAACUCCAGUGUAGCUAACAUUUGCUGUCUGUGACAGAUGAACUUUGCGUGUGUAUAUAGAAAUGAGCUGGGACCUUCAUCUUUAAAAAUUUAUUUUUACGUAAUGUCUUAAGAAUUCAUUUGCCUCUACUGUGUUGGCUCAUAAAAGUUAUUGUGACGUGUUACAGCAACUGGAUUCUGCACAGUGCUCCAGUCUGUCAUGUGUUUACAGUGGUCCACUUCCUGCAGCUAUCACUGUGGCAAUGGAGCACACCUGCUGCCUAUGUGUGGGCUCCGCUCCAUAGUCUGUCACUUAAUAGUUUUAAGACUAAAUGGAUCAUGUUGUGUACAUGUGAAUGUAAAUGUUCAGUAUAUGUUACUAUAGACUUAAGUUUAAAACUUGAUAUUAGAUUGUCAUAAAGUUACUUAACUAAAAUUUUUUCUGUGUGUUGUAUUUCUAUAUAACUAUUUGCUAACAUGUUGCAUUUUGGAACUAUUUAGAAUAUUGAGCUGGCAGCAUAGUUAUUUUGGAAUUUUCUGACUUUCUCUUAAGAUUUUCUGGCUGAAACAGUCAUUGCUCUCAGCCACAGGGUUGUUAACUAGGCACCAUGCUUGCCCUGUUCAUUGAACAGGGAUGCUAUAGUGUAGCUUUUCUCCAGAUUUGAUGACACUCCCUAUCCCUUAAACCUGUUGGAGUUUUUCAGAUUUGUACAUGUAACUGCAAUAGGAAUGUGGACUUUGAAUCAGUUCUGGCUUGAU